CAGAAGGGUUUUUGACCGAACCCUAACAGUCAGCAGCCUCAGGCAUGGAGAUGAUAGCGGAACGAUCCCUAGCCCUAGCGGCGAUGGAGAGCAAGUAUCUCUACAUAUGUACCUGUGAAAUGCACAAAUCUGUUUUCGAUCGGUGGGUUGUUCACCGAAUCGAAAUGAGCGAUGUGUUAUCUGCAUCGGAAGACCAUAUUCGUUAUCUGCCUUUCAAGCAAGUGGCUAAUGAAAUUGGCGGCCAUGACCUUCCGUUGUUGGUGGGUUGUGGUGUCUUCAAAUCCAAAAUUCUCAUCGGCGGCGGCGUGAAGAAAAUUCCGGGGGCCCAUCCAUCUCCAGCUUCGCCUGUGUAUUUUUUUGAGACAGACACAACCGAUCGGAAACUCAAUCAGAAACUCAAGUUGGGGAGCUUUCCCCCUUUCAUAGGAGGAAAAGCUCAACCGCUGCUAGUGGAGAUGAAGGGGCAACUUUAUGCUCUUCCCGGUGACGAGAUGAAGUUGAGAUACGAUAGUCAUUUUGAGAGAUUUGACCCGUCCUGCGAAAAAUGGUCACCCCUGGCCCGACCUCCUAUUUGGGAUCCUGACUCUCCAUACUAUAGCACUCCUGUCGGUUCAGGUUAUGUAAUCACAGACACCAGCAUUCUUUUCUCACGUCAGGCUACCCCUGUGUUCCGGUUUGACAUCACGAAGCCGAAUGCAGGAUGGUCUGUACAGGAAUCUUUGUGUUCUGGAAAAUCUUUUCCCUUUCGAGGCACAACUCUAGUUCAUGACUGUGUUUAUGGUGGUUUCAUAAUCUUUGCCAUAGAUAUUGAGCCAGAAAAUUCGAAUUAUGAUGGGAAUUGGCCUCAAACUAGAUUUCCAAGAAUACUAGUCUACCACAUGUCCCAAGAUUAUGGUUCUUGGACCGAUGUAGCAACUGUGGAACUGCCAUUUACAGAUGAGUUGCCUCUCAUAUUUCAAGAACCAGUAAGCUAUAACUUAGUUAGUCUAGGAGAUCAAAGAGUAUGCCUGGUUCUGGCUACAUUUAGCAGCCCAAUAAGCAGUGGCCGUUGGGAAGAAAGUGAGAUGAUGCAUUUUCUUGUGACAACAUUCAAGUACAAAACUGAAACUACCAUGAAAGGAACAAGGGAAGAAUCACCCAUUUCCUUUUCUUUCAGCUGUCAAUUCCUGAGUAAUCCUGUCAUCUUUGAUUAUAAUAUCCAGCAGCAUACUCCAUCUCCUGCAACCGAGCAUGCCUUAACGCUGGGCGCGUUUUUGCUGUGGAUAUUUUGACUUCACCCAUAUUGUCAUUAGGUAAAUGAUAUAAAAAUGGCACCAUGACAUAUAUGUUUUCGUGGUUGUUGUUG